ACAUGUGUACAUAUAUACCGGUACUUACUUAGACACGCUCUUCGAACAAGAGCGCGUUCCAGAGGUUGUUCCUGCAAGAUACCAUUAACACAUAUAUCAACGCAUUAAAAGUAGUGAGAGAGUGAGAGAGUGAGAGAGAAAAAAAGGACAAGCCCGAAGAACACCAAAAAAGAGAAAAAGCACGAAGAAAGUGAGGGGAAAAUAAGAAUCCGCCCAUAAUGCCAAAACGGAAAACAGCAGACGAGACUCCAACGCUGAGGCGCUCUACACGCCGCAAAGUGACCGCUCCACACGAGAAAAGGCCAGAUGAGAAAGGGGAUGCCAACAAGAAGACAGCGUCAACACCCAAAGCUACCACUCCCAAGUCGAAAUCAAAGACAUCAUCGCCCAAAAGCGUCCAAGCUGAAGUAUCUAAAUCCCCUACAGCCCAACCAGCCACCACCACCAAGAAGAAGCGCAAUGCGAAAUCCACCACCACGCCAGCCACAGAGCUUGUCAACACUGUUGAUAAGACCAGUAAUGCUACAGCGAGUAGUAGUAGUAGCUCCAGCAAUGGCGAUCGGUGGUACUGGCUAAUGAAAGCCGAGCCCGAAUCGCGCUUCGAGAAUGGCGUCGACGUGAAGUUUUCCAUCGACGAUCUCGCUGCUAAGACGGCGCCGGAGCCAUGGGAUGGCAUCCGCGCCUACGCAGCGCGCAACAACCUCCGCGCCAUGAAAAAGGGCGAGCUCGCCUUCUUCUACCAUUCCAACUGCAAGGAGCCCGGGAUCGUAGGCACGAUGGAGAUAGUCCAGGAGCACACGCCUGACCUCUCCGCUCACGACCCCAAGGCGCCCUAUUACGACGCAUCCUCGAAGCCUGCAGAUCCCAAAUGGAGCGUAGUCCACGUCAAGUUCUGCAGCAAGUUCGUCAAGCCUAUAGGGCUUAAAGGGCUGCGGGAGAUGGGCAAGGCGGGACAGCCUCUGGAGAACAUGCAGAUGUUGAAACAGAGCCGUCUUAGCGUAAGUCGGGUAAGUCCCGCCGAAUGGGAUUAUCUGAUGGAUCUUGUUGAAAAACAAGGGGGGGAAGUGUCAGAUAUAUAAACCCAUGCAGCUCUGUUGUCUCGCGGGAU